GGUAUUCAGGUGGAAUUGUUCUCUUCUCUAUUCAGCUGCCUUAACCAGGCUAAUAUAUCUGUGAGAGAUGCCUGCAAGAUGAAUUAAUCUCUGGCGGAAACACGGUAAGACUGUUGAAAAUGAAAGGAGAAAAAGCAACGCAGCAGAAAAGGAGGGAGAGAGAGAUGGAAUAUCUGUCUCCUCCACAGAGUAAAGUAGCUGCUGUUUCAAGCCUUCCCCUUUCGGCAAGAACCGUUACGAACCAUAACGGUCAAAACUGUCCCUCCGACGUCUCAUUUCCAUGGCCGAAUCACAGCCCCAUCGGCCGGAAGAGCCCAUUUCGUUUCGCAUCUGCUCCUUCAACAUUUCCGUUCACCGCCAAAUGCAGACAGAGAAAUGGCGACGAAAUUCUGUCCACUUCUUCGGCUUUCGAAGUGCUCGGCGUCGCCCCCAACUGCUCUCCCGCCCAGCUCAAGGCCGCUUUUCGAGCCAAAGUGAAGCAGUUUCAUCCUGAUGUGAGAAAAGAUGGGGAGAGUUCAGAUGCUAAGAUUCGGCGUGUAAUUCGGGCCUAUCAGAUCUUGUCCAAAUACACCAAAACAGAGAUCAUUGAGAGGGACUGUCUUGAUCCUUUCGAUGAACCCGAAUGCGAGGCAUUUGAUCUUUUCGUGAACGAGAUUCUUUGUGUUGGGAAAGGUUGUCCAUUUUCCUGUGUAGAAAGAGCACCCCACGCCUUCGCAUUUUCUUCCCCAACAGGAACUGCACGGGCAACUUCUCAAGGGCAUGGCGAAGAUUACCAGGUUCAGCUUGCAGUGGGACAGUGCCCUAGGAGUUGCAUUCAUUAUGUGACGCCUUCUCAAAGAGUUAUGCUAGAGGAGCUGCUUGACAGCAUCUUGAACAUGCCUUACGAUACUUCAGCUGAGGCAGACUUGCUUUAUUCACUUAUCAUGAAGGCUAGAUUUGAGAACAACCGCUACCAGAGGCCAAAGAAACAACCCAAGGCUUCAACAGAACGAGUCGAUUGGUUCUGACAUUCAAAUGGCAGCAUACUGCUUGAAACAACUUUGCUUUGUCGCCAAAGCGGUUGUAUAACUAGUUGGUGAGGUAAAUUUGCUUCAAUUUGUCAUGUUGGCAAAAUGAAAUUUGAAGCAAGGAGAACUUUUCC